AUGGCUUCUCCCGCGCUGACGCCGCGCGCGCCGCUCGGCGCGCCUCUCCACCGCGCCGCGCGCGCGCACCGCCGCCGCCGCGCGUCGAAGACGAACGUCCGCGCGCGCGCGUACCCCGGCGGCGGCGGCCUCCAGUCCCCCAGGUGGUUCAUCCCCGAGCGCGACCUCGACCUCGGCGACGUCGGCGACGACGUCGAAGAUCUCCAGCUCGCGCUCGGCGUGCAAAAGACGGACGGCAUCUACGGACGCGACACCGCGGAGGCGGUCGAGGCGUGGCAGGUCAUGAACGGCCUCGCGCCGACGGGGUAUUUCGGACCAAAGUCCCGCGCGGCGUUCAUCAUGAACUCCGAGCCGAUAUCGGGGCUGGCGGCGCCCGCGAGGCUCGACCUCGCGAUGGCGCCGACCUCGUCCGCGCCGCCGCCGUCGGUCGUCGCGUCGCCGUCGCACGUCCCCGCGUACGUCCCGGUGUACGUCCCGUCUCAGACGGCGCGCGGCGUCGGCGUCGCGAACGGCGGCGGCGCGCCGAUGAUGAACGUCGCGUCGACGGGCGGCGGCGGCGUUGUCGCCGCGUUGGUCGUGGGCGCCGCCGUCGCGUACGCCGCGUCCGAGCGCGCCGCCGCCGACGGGUUCUUGGGCUCCGCGUGGCGGUCGUUCCUCGGCGCGAUCCGCGGCGACGUCGAGGACGACGCGUACUACCCGCCCGGUCGCGCGGGCGUCGCGGCGGCGGCGGCGGCGGCGGAGGAGGAGGAGGCGCGGUUUCGAACGCGAGGGAUGGGCGGGUCGUUUCCGUUGGAGUACGCGUACGCGGCGAACGAGCCGCGAGCGGCGGCGGUGAGCGUCGACGCGUACGAGUACGCGUCGGCGCGGCAGCCGGUGAUGGCGGCGUCUAGCGGCGGCGGCGGCGGCGGCGGCGGCUGGGUCGGGAAGGACGGGUUCACGAAGGACGCCGCCGAGUUCGUGCAGCCGACGAUUCUGACCCCCGAGGCGAAGGCUGCGCGUCUGGAAGAACUCUCCACGCGAUUCGUCGACCGACGAGCGAAAGCGAACGGCGCCGGGAAGGAGAGCGAGACGAUCGUGGUCAAGCCGCCGACGGGGGACGCCGCGCCGCCGCCGCCGCAGAAGAAGAAAAUUUACACCGUCGCCGAUUUCCGCACCCCGGCGCAGGCUGCGGAGGCGGCGGCCCGGGUGAAGGCGGCGAGUAACACGUCCGUCUCGUCCGUCGGUCCGGACGGCCGGAUCGUCCCCGCGUCGUCCCCGAGCGCGAUGGCGAAGAUGGCGGAGUACGAGAAGACGAUGAACGCGACGGGGGCGGGGGGAGACGUCGCGAAGAACGCCGGCGCGAAGAACGCCGCCGAGACGCCGGCGGCGGCGCGGACGGUCCCGGCGUCGUCCCCGAGCGCGAUGGCGAAGUUCAUGGAGUACGAGAGGGCUGCGGAGAAGGCGGUGAAGGACGCGUUCGCGAACAGUGGGCUCGAUAAGGGCGCGAUCGAGUUUUCGAAACUGUUCCCGAAGGACCUCUUCGCCGGGAAGAGCUUCGGGAAAGGGUUGGAGUCGGAGGAGAUGAAGAAAGCCGCGCUCGAGAGGGAGCUGCGCGACGUCGCGGAGCGGACGAAGAACGAGAUGGAGAGCUGGGAGGCGAUCAGCGAGAUCGCCGCCGCGUACGAAGUCGACGAGAAACUCUUGAGGGAGGUGUUGAAGGAGGGCGAGCGGCUGGCGGAGGACGGGCUGUGACGCGCUCGGCGCUCGCGAGCGGCGUCGUUCGUAACGGCUCUCGCGUGGCCGUUAUCGUCGUCCGUCAUCGCGCCGCGCGCGUGGUAGGUUUAAGUUUAAGUUUUAUUCGUAGCGUCAAAAGACACGAGCGUCUCG